AUGGAAAGAAUGGAAUUAGACGUGUUAGGCGUGGCAGAGAUGAGGUGGCCCCAGCCUGGAGAUUUCUGGAGUGGAAAUUAUAGGAUAAUUCAUUCAGGCACAGCAGACGAUCGGCCUGGCUAUGGUGGGGUAGGCAUAGUACUGAAUAAAAAACUUGGAAAUAGGGUAAAGGGAUUUGUGCAAUAUAAUGAACGAUUGAUCUCAGUACGGAUUGAAACCAAACCAAGGGAUACUGUGAUAGUGCAGGUGUACAUGCCAACAACUGAUGAAGAAGACGAGGCUGUUGAGAAAUGCUAUGAGGACAUAAACGAGUUGAUUGGGAAACUGAAGAGUGAAGAAAAUCUUAUUGUACUUGGAGACUGGAAUGCAACAGUUGGAGAAGGAGCUGAAGGAAACACAGUUGGGAAGUAUGGUUUGGGACAAAGGAAUGCAAGAGGAGAAAGACUGAUAGAAUUCUGUUCACAGUACAAGUUAGUGGUGACAAACACAAUAUUCCAGCACCAUCCAAGGAGGAGAUAUACCUGGAAAGCCCCUGGGGAUGGUAGAAGAGCUCAAAUAGACUAUAUAUUGGUGAGAGAAAGGUACAAAAACCAAGUAAAAAACAGUAGAAGUUACCCAGGAGCAGACGUUAACAGUGACCACAAUCUUGUUAUGAUGCACUGUGAACUGAAAUUCAAAGCUCUGAAGAUGAGAAAAAGCAAACAAUGGGAUAUGAUCAGACUUAAAGAUGAUCUCACUCAAACGAAAUACGAGGAGAAAACAAACAGGACCAUGGAAGAAACAGAAAAGCAGAUGGGAGUGGAGCAGGAAUGGAACAAAAUAAAGAAGAGUAUCGAACUUUCGGCAGAAGAGGUAUUAGGAAGGAAAAAGCAGGAGAACAGAAAGGAAUGGAUAAGCCAAGAUAUUGUUGAAAUGAUUAAUGAAAGACGAAAGUACAAGAAUUCUCAAGAUGAAGAAGGAUUAGGGAAAUACAGGAGUCUGAGGAACAAGAUUAUUCGAAAGGCAAAGCAAGAUAAAGAAGAAUAUUUAAGAGAAAUUUGCAAGAACAUAAACAAUUGCAUGAAAACAGGGCAGAUGGAUAUAGCUUACAGAGAGGUGAAAAGAUUCUUUGAAACAAGGAAAGUGAGAACAAUGAGUAUUGUAGACAAAAAUGGAGAAUUAAAGUAUGAUUCAGAGAGUAUAGCAAAACAUUGGAAAGAAUAUCUGGAGCAGCUGUACUGUGGAGAGGACAAUGAGAAUCUGCACUUGGAAAGAGAAGACGAGAUAGAACUACAGGAAUUGGGGGCACCAAUGUUGAUGGAAGAGUUUGAAAAAGCACUGCGAGACCUAAAAGAAAGGAAGGCACCAGGAAUAGAUGAUAUACAAGGAGAGCUCUUGAAAAAGUCUGGUGGAAUGUUAAAGAGAGCACUGUAUAAUCUUGUAAAUAGUAUAUAUAUGACUGGAGAGUUACCUGACGAUUUUGUAAAGUGUAUUAUAGUACCUAUACCAAAGAAAUCAAAUGCAAGAUCAUGUGAAGAGUACCGUACGCUGAGCUUAGUGAGUCAUGCAUCGAAAAUAGUUACCAGAAUUAUCCUCAGGAGAAUAGAAAAACGAAUUGAUGAACAAUUGUCUGAAGAUCAGUUUGGCUUUAGAAAGGGUGUAGGGACAAGAGAAGCAAUUCUGGCGCUGAGACAGGUGAUAGAGAAGCAGAUGAAGAUAGGGAAACGCACAUGCAUAGCCUUUAUUGACAUUGAAAAAGCAUUUGACAAUGACAGGAGAGAACAGCUCAGCAGUAAAGCUAAGGAAUGA